AUGGCGGAGAGCGCGUCGAUGGCGCCCGCGGAGGCGGCGAAAAGGGAGAAUGGGCCGUUGGGGCGCGAGCGGUUUGAAAUUUCAAAGCUGCGCGACGGGAACGGACGCGAGCGACGCGGUGGGAAACGGAGCGCGAUGCCGAGGACGCCGGGAAGCGCGAUCGCGGCGCCGAAGACGCCGGGAAGCGGACACGCGCUCUACGGUGCGUUCGAGGUGAACUCGACGGGAAGGAAGCUGUCGCGGGUGGAGAAGGAGCUCGCGUCGUUGGCGCCGUGGGCGUGGGACCCGCGCGCUGGGACGCACGCCCCGGGACCGAGCGCGCUGAGGGAUUUCAGCGAAGUCGUUGCCGAUAAGGUUAUCGCGGCGAGCGCGAGCGGCCGAGCGGAGAAGAUUCAACCGAAGACUUUCGACCGCACGCUCCUGAGCGCGGGGAAGACGCCCGGCGGACGAGAGGAGACGCCGGCGCCGAGGACGGCUCCGGAGCGAGCGGGAGAGGGUGGCAAGCGAAACAGGGCGUCCAUGAAGGCUGAAAACCUCACGCCGGUGGCGUUGGCGAACACUCUGGACCGAGUCGCGGCGGCGAGCGCGAAGAAGCCAAAGCGCGCGAGCGAGAGGACAAAGGCGUUAGCCAAGGCGAACGAACCGCAACGAGUCGAAGACAUUACCGAAAAGGAAAACCGCAACCGUCAGAUAUCGGCGAAAACGAAGACAGAAAAGAUCGCGCCGCGCCCGGCGCUCAGAGACAACACGGCUAAAAUGACGAACGGGGCAUCGGCGAAGGGCGCUACAAAGCCUUCGAAGAAGGAGUUGGCCACACCAACCGUCGCUGAGGAACAAACAGCGAAGCGAAGUCGCGCUUCUCGUAAAGAGACCACGCACGUGCAAACCCCGCAAACGGCCAAGGCAUUUCAAACACCCGUUCCUUCAAAGAAGAAGGCUCGUGCCUUUGCCGUCGAGGGAUUGAAGACGCCUGCGAAAGAAGCGCGCUCCGCGGCGUCGGCGCUUCGUGAGUCAUUCGUAUUGGAAAUGGCGCUCGCGAGGACGUACGUCAAGGCGAUCAAGCGACCGAUCAUACCGGCGGCAAAGCCGUCUAAGCGCUUGCUCGAAGCUUACCGCGCAUUCUCUCGCGCGUGUGCCACGAACAGAGAAAUGCGAAGCAUCUCGGAUGAACCUGUUCGAAUAAUCACACCCGGCGUCGCCCUGAAGCGGGGCUUGGACAUUCUUCGAGCGGAGGAUCAGAGCGCGACUGUCGCGUAG